UUGGAGUCUAAGGACCCUUAUGACCAUCUCCGAGUGUCCUCCGGGGCACAGAGGAGGGUGCCGCUGGAAUCAUCUUCCUCCUUGAUGCCACCAUCCUUUCCUCCUGUUUUACCCACAGUACCAGAUAGUAUUACCAACUUUUCCCCUCCCCCAGUGUCUUACAUCACUUCCCAAGAGAUGAAGUAUGUUCUUCACUGGUUUGCCGGUUGGUCAAGUCCCCAGCGUGAAUGUUUCAUACAGGACCUGGUAGCUAAGGCUGUACCAGGAAAAUUACAGCCAAUACUGGAUGGUCUGGAGCAGGUUAGUAUGUCUGGGGCAAACCGACCACCUUGUAUCUUUGAGUGCCAGCUACGUCUUUGGGAUCAGUGGUUUCGAGGUUGGGCUGAGCAGGAGCGCAAUGAAUUUAUCAGGCAAUUGGAGAUCAGUGAGCCAGACUUCGUGGCAAAAUUUUACCAAGCAGUGGCUGUAACAGCUGGCAAGGACUGACAGGCAUUCAGAUCAAAGAAGAUAACCGUAGAUGGUGGAGUCAAGCCCGUGACUCUCCAGCGAGAACUCAAUUCACAUGUGUCACAUGCAAGUCUGGGAGUGGUAUUCAGAUCAACUGAAUGAACUUGCCUGACCAGCACAGCCAUGGUCAUCUUGGCAUUAAUAACGUGUCAGUGGGACUCCAUCUAAGUGUAAAUGUUAUUCAUCUAAGCAAAUACAGAUCAUCAGUCUGUCUUCUAGUUUGCUUCUUUCCAAGAGAUGCCAAACCCUCUAGAAUUUGAUUACCUAUUUUGGAACUGUACCCAAAAGAACUU